AUGUUAAAGGCUAGACAAGAGGAUGACAUUCGAAGGCGUCAAAAGUUAAAACGAAAGUGGCAAGGUCCAGACGAAAGCCCCUUCUUAACGCUAAAGAGAGUCAAACCCGUUACGAAAAAACAAUCCGCAAGAGCAAGCAAAGAAUGGAUGCAGAGGCUUAUAAAAGCCAAGCGCAAAGCAAGUAACAAAUCAUUUAAACCUUCAUUGUGGUAAAAAUGGGUGAUUAUACUAAACUUUUGCAAGAUUUGUACAAUAAUCCAGAGUCUCCAGCUGC